GGGGUGAGGCGGCCGCGUGGCUGGCGGCGGGCAGUCCCCAGCUCCAUCUCCGGGAACGUGGACUGAAGGAGGCCUCGAACCGAGUUUGGAGCUCCCGGGCCUGGUCCAGGAAGGCUGGCUUCAAAGCGUGGCAGGAAGCCCCUCGGCCACCCCGUCUCGAAUGCGGACGGGAAUCUGGUCGGCUGCCCUGAAUGGAGACCUGGGCCGAGUGAAGUAUUUCAUCCAGAAGGCCACAGACCCUAGCCAGCCGGACUCUGCUGGCUACACUGCCCUGCACUACGCGAGCCGCAACGGCCACUACGCCGUUUGCCAGUUUCUGCUGGAAAGCGGAGCAAAGUGCGACGCCCAGACCCACGGGGGCGCCACGGCUCUGCACCGGGCCAGCUACUGUGGGCACACGGAAAUCGCCAGGCUGCUGCUGUCCCAUGGGUCCAACCCCCGGCUGGUGGACGAUGACGGCAUGACCAGUCUCCAUAAGGUGUGUCUAAGUCCCACCCUGGUGACAGCCAAGACGAAUCCUCACAGUGGGCAUUGGAGACCAGGAAAAUGGAGACAAGGAAAAGCCACCUGGAAUCCCGGCACUCACCGCCGCCGCCGCCUCUUCAGGAAAACAGCUCUCUCACCAUCUUCUCUGUACAGGAACUAGUUUCCCCCUCAGUGAUGAGCUGCGAAGGUUCCCUGAGGAAUCAGCUUUGGAAACCAGCCCUGCUCUGCCUCUCUCUGCCUCCCGCUUUAGAGUCCCGGGUCAUGGACAGGAUCAUUAUUUUGGGGGACUCAGCAUUCUAUGCUCCGUCUCCAGGCAUCCACUUUACCAAUUGCUCCCUCUUUCUCUCUGUCUGUCGUCCAUCCAUCUGUCCGUCCAUCUGUCUGUGUCUAAGUUCUGGGGAUUGCUAGGUUCCUGCUUCCCCACUGAACUCAAAUGCCCAGCCCACACAUGCAUCUUCGAGACUUGACUUAUGCAGACGUGUGUAGAGAGCCCCUCCUUGCUCCAACUCUGAUUUUCCACCCAUGCCGUGGCUUUAAAGGCGUUCUCAUCCGCCAAGCAGUGGUGGCCACACGCCUUUCAUCCCAGCACUCAGGAGUCAGAGGCAGGCAGGUCUCUAAGUUUGAGGCCCACCUGGUCUACACAGAGAAACCCUAUGUUGGUGUGAGGAGGGUCCCAUCAAACCCUCCCCCCAAGAGGCUCGCUUUCUCCGAGUCCGGGGGGGGGGGGGAGGGCUCCCUCUCCCAGGAAGCCCUCCGGGUUCAGCUCUAGCUGGCUUCCUGUCGUGAGCUCCUGUGUUCACACUCUGUUAGUCUUUAUCCCCGGGCUCACUGUCACUGUGUGUCACAGACUAUCCCCUGAAGGGCUGCUCCACCCACUGUCGCUGCUCCCCUUUUUUGAGACAAGUUCUCCUUCCAUCCAUCUCUCUCCCCCCCCCUCCCAAAAGAGUUUUACUUUGUCUGACGCCACUGAAAUAAAGCCUGCCCUCCCCAAGUUGCAUUUGGUCACACUGUUUCAUCACAGCUGUGGAAAUCUAAGACACCUGUUCAUCUUGAGCUUGCGUGAGGUCCCGUGCCUCAGCGCCUCAGCGGAGCGGCAGCUGGGAUGGCCUUGUGUUUAGCCUUAGCACAUGCCUCGGGCACUUACUGAACUUGGACCGACUCAACAGCUGCCUGUUGGGUUUUGUUAGAUCCUUGCCAGGUGUAGAAGCUUGGGUCUUUUCUCUUUUUUUGCUGUUUUGUUUUGUUUUUGUUUUUGUUUUGUUUUUCGAGACAGGAUUUCUCUGUGUAGCCCUGGCUGUCCUGGAACUCACUCUGUAGACCAGGCUGGCCUGGAACUCAGAAAUCGGCCUGCCUCUGCCUCCCAAGUGCUGGGAUUACAGGAGUGCGCCACCACCGCCCAGCGAGUCUUUUCUUUUUUUAAAGAGAUACUUACUGGUUAGGAUGCAUCAGUGGUGCUCACCUUUAAUCCCACCACUGCAGAGGCAGGUGGAUCUGAGUUUGAGGCCAGCCUGGUCUAUAGAGUGAGUUCUAAGACAGCCAGGGCUACACAAAGAGUCCCUGUCUCAAAACAAAAAGACAUAGACAAGAGCAACAUAGUGAGAAGACCUUGUCUCAAGAGGUAAAAGUGGGGGUCCAGUGUAGCUCUGUGGGGGUGCUAACCUGACAAAGACCCAAACAUGGCUGCUCAUACCUGUAUUUCAAUGCUUGGAAAGCAGAGGCAGGAGGACCGCCAAAGUUCAGGGCCAGUCUGGUCCACAUGCAGAGUUCCAGAACCGCAGAACCCGAACCACAAGUGGUGCUGAGUGGGCCAAACGGCCCCAGUGCCUCACAAACCUGUGUGUAAGGCGCGGGGCUUGGGUAGCCAUUGGAAGCCUGCUUAGACACCCGGGGGAUGGGGGGAUGGGGAGCGGGGUGUUCCUGUUUCCAGGAGACAUUUCCAGAGCAAGCAGGUUCCAGAAAGGGAAAUGAGAGCGUGCAGGGUACAGCCCGGGUUUGCCCUUGGACUAAGGCCUCUCUC